CGUACGAAUUAAUAACUCGCUUGGCCAGAUGGCUGCUGGAGAUCAAAAGUGGCCACCUAUGCUCUGCACGGCUGCUUAUAUACGGGGAACAUCGAGGAAAUCGUUUCAGGAUGUAACCAACAAGGUUACACGGUUAUACGAGACGGUAUGCCGACUCGGGAUCUUUUGUUGGUUGUAGAUAAUACCCAGAUGCUGAAGAGUGCUGAAGAAUGAGGGACCCUAUUUUACUGUCUACCAUCUCAACGAGGGAUGGAAAAAGUGAUACGGCCGCUUUAAGUGCCGUUUUCCAGGUACAAAGCCAUUUACAACCCGGGAGGCGAAAGAAAAAUUAUCGCUCCCUAUUUCCAUGGUUCUGAACGAACCACCAGGAGGGGCGUUUCAUCCGCCAAACUCUGCGACAUUCUGCUCGUCUUAUCUUCAGCAGAUGUACGAACUGCUGAGGACCCGACCUAAACCGUCCCUGUCGUUUUCCUAACUUGUAAUCUUACCCCGGGAACCGGGAUCCCCUUAUUACCCGCAUCCGAGUUUAUCCUCCACACCUGAGAGGGCUGGAUUGAUAUAAAUCUCAACACAUCCGGCUGUUGGAGUAUUCCAAUAAUCUCAUUCUUUGCAUCCACGAUAAGAAGCGCCGCCAACACACCUCCAAGACUCAUAAUCCUCUUCGCAACUCCCUCACUACAUCCGUCACAAUGGGCUCACUCGUCCAUUUCCACGAAUCUGACUUCACUCGCGAGACUCGCGCUGCUCACAUUGGCCAAAGAGGCUUCACCGUCUGGUUCACCGGAAUUUCAGGCUCCGGAAAGUCCACCAUCGCUGUAGCCCUAGAGAAGGAGCUCAUUUCCAAACGCAAGCUCGUUACUUACCGACUUGAUGGCGAUAAUAUACGUACUGGUCUCAACAAGGGUCUCAAAUGGUCGGCAGCAGACCGAACUGAGAACAUUCGCCGUAUCGGCGAGGUAGCCAAGCUCUUCGCCGACUGUGGGAUUGUUACUCUUACUUCUUUUAUCUCACCGUUCGCCGUCGAUCGAGCUGCCGCACGUAAGCUGCACGAGCUAUCAGAGGCAGAGAAGGAAAGAGGAGAAACUCCCCUACCGUUCAUUGAGGUUUACGUCGAAGCACCUGAAGAUGUCGCCUUCAAAAGAGAUAAGAAGGGCCUUUUGAGAAUGCAGAAAAGUGGAAUGGUGAAGCUCUCGGGUGCAGGCAAGUCGGGUGAUGAAGAAUACAAUAUCCCCGAAAAUCCCGAGAUACACAUCAACAACGACGAAAACAUGACCAUGGAGAUUGCGGUCAAGCUCAUCAUCGACUACCUUGAAAAGAGGGGUCUCCUCGAUAGCCCACCAGACAUUGCAACUGCUGAAGCUGAAUCCGCGAAGCGCGUGAAGGAGGGCCAAGACAUCAAAGAAAAGAGACUACUGCGUGAGCUAGACGAGAAAGAUGCCGCCGUCAAAGCCGCCGUGGCUUCCGGUAACAGUGAGCAGAUUGAAGAUGCCCGGAAAAGUGCAGCCUUGGCUGCAGGUGCUCUCAAGUCCUUUAUCGCCAACAAGUACAGAGCGAUCGAUGAGGCCGCCAAAGCUGCUGAAGAAGCUGCAGCUGCCAAAGCGGCCGAAACUGAAGAAGCCAACAAACUUGCACAAGCUACACGUGCUGAGGCUGCUAAGUUGGCCCAAGAUCUCGCUACCUACGAUGCUGAAACUUCUGCUCGUACCACUGCUAAUUAAGCAGCUCCCCCUCUCUGUUUUAUCCUGUUUUCACCUGCCUUAUGCUGUAAAGAUAUCCUCUCACACCUUGAUAUAGAGCACGGAAUAGUCACGAACUACGAACAUAGAUUUUGUUAUUUUUCA